UGCUCAGAGGAUACGUGACGCGGCACUCAUCGUCUGGGAUGAAGCGCCAAUGUCACCGGGACUACAACUCAAGGUGGUCAAUAGAUUGCUCAAGGACAUCAUGGGAUCGGAAUUACCGUUUGGUGGGAAACCGGUCCUGUUUGCCAGCGACUUCAGACAGAUACUGCCUGUCGUGCGCAGAGGGACAAGGAGUGACAUUGUAAGGUCGUCGAUUAAAUAUAACUCUCUGUGGCGCGACUUGGAACAACUCAGUCUGACGCGAAACAUGCGUGCCGACAACGACGUGGACUUUGCUACUUGGUUGCUACAGCUCGGGAGCGGCCAGUUGCCAGCGGUCGACAGAGUCAAAAUCCCCCGAGAAAUGGUAUGUGACAUCGCUAAUUUGAUUGAUUUUGUUUUCCCACAGCAAAUGUCUUUGGCAAACAUCGACGAGUUUGUCCGGAAAAUAAUUUUAUGCCCCAGGAACGACGAUUGCAGGUUAGACACUGUUGUGGUUGAUGACCCCGACGAAGUGGCCAAUUAUCCGACAGAGUUCCUCAACACUCUGGAACCGGACGGACUGCCGCCGUACAACUUAACGCUAAAGGUGGGUUCGAUUGUCAUGUUGCUUAGGAACCUUGAUUCUAAAAGACGCCUUUGCAACGGUACGAGAUUAGUUGUCACGGAACUGCGACGAUACAACUUCAAGGCGAGGAUGUUGUCUGGUGGUGCACAGUAA